UUAUUUUGUUUUGAUUUCUCAAUUGAUUAUAGCGCAUGUGAUCCAAGGUACUAAACAACAACAAGAAGUGACUACCUUCACGUGGACGUCUGUACAGCAGUGUAAAGAAUCCAUCAUGCCGCACAGAAGUACAGAGGAUCCUAUCGAAGAUGUGGAAGAUGCUGAGUCUGUCAGCGAGAGUGAGAGUGCCAGUGCCAGUGACGAUGACUCACCCUCGAUGAAGCAGAUGGUGGCAGAGGCAGGAAAGCUUGCUCAGGAUUUGGGUGGAGAGACGCAGGACUCCCAGGACGCUAAAGGUAGACAGAGCAAGAAUGAGAAAAAGGCAAGAAAAGCCAUGAUGAGACUGAACUUGAAAGAAGUUACUGGCAUUCAGAGAGUAACGAUUAGAAAAUCUAAGAACAUCCUUUUUGUCAUCGGUAAACCGGACGUCUACAAGAGCCCUGCAUCGGAUAUGUACAUAGUAUUUGGUGAGGCAAAGAUUGAAGACUUAAGCUCUCAGGCUCAGAUCCAGGCUGCUGAGAAAUUUAAAGCCCCCGAGGCAGCUCCUGCGGCCAUUAAGGCAGUGGAACAAGAGGAGGCUGGUGACAGUGACGAUGAGGUCGAUGAGACGGGUGUGGAGGAGAAGGACAUCGAGUUGGUGGUUCAACAGGCCAACGUUAGCAGAAACAAGGCCAUUAAGGCACUUAAGAAAAAUAACAAUGACAUUGUUAACGCUAUCAUGGAGCUGACAAUGUAGGAAUUGGACAAAACACUUUGUCUCUCGCAUUUGUCGUAUUCAUUGUACGUAGUACAUAAUUAAUUAUGUCUUGUGCAAUGUGGAUUUUAUCAAUUGUUUUGCAAAAAGUAUUUAUAAUGA